GCGCGUCCAGGUACAUUGGAAACAUAGUCAAGGAAGUGCCUUUUUAUAACGGAUAAAAUCCCAUUUACGCAUAUACCGGAUAUAAAUCCCAUAUAUGCGUAAAACGGACAUUUUCCGGUAUACGCAUAUAACGGAUUUCGCUUAUAUCGGACAAAACCAUUGGGAACAAUUGAAUCCGAUAUAUCCCAGGUUUACUGUAUAUAUUUAUACUAUAUACAGUAUAAGUAAAGAUAUGUCAAAUAUAAAUAUUAAUUAUAUAUAAUAUUACACAUAUAAAAAUAUAACACACAUAAAAUAUAUAGCCAAAAAAUCAAUAUAAAAAAAAUUCCAAUAUAAAGUAUAUGCUAUAGCAAUUAAAUUGCAUCAUUUGAGGGUUGGUUGAAAAAAAAAAAAAAGGCCAGCAUUGUUAGUCCAGUGAACGGCAUCACGUCACGUCUAUGACAUGAACGUCUCCAGGCACACCCAUAUGUCCAGGCGUAUGGGAUGUUCCCAAGCCGCAAACCAAAAAAUCAAAUAUGAACAAAAAAAUUCCAAUAUAAAGUAUAUGCUAUAACAAUUAAAUUGCAUCAUUUGAGGGUUGGUUGAAAAAAAAAAAAAAAAAAAGGCCAGCAUUGUUAGUCCAGUGAACGCCAUCACGUCACAUCUAUGACAUUAAUGGCUAGGCAUAUGGGGUGUUCCCAAGCCGCAAUCAGACACCCGCAUGAACGCCACAACACCACAGGAGCCGUAGACCAUAGGCCGUGUCCAGGACCAGACAGAGGUCCAGGUUAGGCCUUCAAAACAAAUUUUUAAAAAGUCAAAAAAUACGGUUUCAAACUUUUUGUUGACUGUCAGUGUAUAACAUAUAAUAUAUAUAAACUCUUAUAUAUUACCUUUACUUAGUUCAGGAUACUAAGCCUUGUCCUAAACCCGAGGCCUAGCCUUAACUCCAGCCCUAGUCCUAGUCCUAACCCUGUGACAUAAAAUAAUAAAUACUACAUUAAAUAUGAAAUGAAAAAUGUGCAGACUUUAGCUUUAGCAUGAAACGGCUGCUGUUGCAUAUUAGCAUAUUCGUCAUCGUGUCGGUGAUGUCACUCCAUCUUUCUGCGUACGUCAACUCAGACGGCCGGGAUAGAAACCCGAUGGGAAUAUGGAAAUAUGGAAAUAAUAACGAGAUCAUCAUCAUCAUCAUCAUCAUUAGCAUGUGUGAGUGCGCCUCCUCCUUAAAGAUGUCAGCUGUAAAGCUGCGUGUCGUCUACAGAGUGAAGCGUGUGUUUGUAAGCGAGGCGAGGCCGAUGCUGCUCCCGGGGCAACCGUUUCCUCCUGUUGCCAUAGCAACCCUCAACCAAUUAUGGGCUCACCGGGCCUGCACGGCCGUCCGUGUCUUUGGUGCUCGGUCGCAUGCGUUGUUUUUUGCGUUUGCGCGAGCGUCUUUAUCCGCCUCCAUCUCCUCUGUUGGGGGGGGGGGGGGGACACACUGAUGUAGUGACUGCCUCCGCCCCUCCCCCCGCCGUCUACAUCCACACACACACACACAGUGUCAUCACGUGAUCCACUCGCUGCAUCACAAUUGGCGUUGGUGACGGUGGCGUGCAUCCAAUCAGGACGGAAGCUAGCAGAUCAACAUAAGCGAGGCUGCCUGAUGCUCUCAGACUCGCAGAGGGAGGGAGCAAGGAGGCACGGGAGGGAAGGGUGGAGGACGCUAGCAAGGAAGCGGAAUACACACAAAGCGUCAAAUCCCCAGGAUUAAACGGCCGAGCGGGAAGAGGAGCGGUGUUUUUUUUUUGCCAGGAGGGACGCCGUGGCUGACGCUAACGCUAGCUGUCAGCCACCAUCAUCUAGACGGCCAUCUGCCUCCUCCUCCUCGUCCUCGUCGUCCCCCCCCACCACCCGCCACCCCCUCCCGGUGUGUCCCGCUAGGAUUCAGUGAGUGUGGAGCAUCGCCGUACGCGUGCAAGCAUGGAGGUGACAUGUCAUGCAGGUGGUGAGGGAGCAGAUCAUGCGAGCGCUCACUCUCAAGCCUAAUUCCCUGGACCAUUUCAAGAGUCGCCUGCAGAACCUGAGCUACACCGAGAUCCUCAAGAUACGCCAGUCGGAGAGAAUGAAUCAGGAGGACUUCCAGUCCCGCCCCAUCCUGGAGCUGAGGGAGAAGAUCCAGCCAGAGAUCAUGGAGUUGAUCAAACAACAGAGGCUCAACAGAUUAUGUGAAGGAACCUGCUUCCGCAAGAUCAGCAGUCGCAGGAGGCAAGACAAGUUCUGGUACUGCCGGCUGUCUCCCAACCACAAAGUCCUGCACUACGGAGACCUGGAGGAGAGCCCCCAGGGGGAGGUGCCCCACGACUCCCUGCAGGACAAACUGCCGGUGGCGGACAUCAAGGCUGUCAUCACGGGCAAAGACUGUCCUCACAUGAAGGAGAAGGGCGCCCUCAAGCAGAACAAGGAGGUGCUGGAGCUGGCCUUCUCCAUCCUCUACGAGUCGGAUGAAUAUUUAAACUUUAUCGCUCCGGACAAGCAUGAGUACUGCGUGUGGACGGACGGUCUGAACGCCCUGCUGGGCAAGGAGAUGACCAGCAACGACACCAAAUCCGACAUGGACACACUGCUCUCCAUGGAGAUGAAGCUCCGCCUCUUGGACCUGGAGAACAUCCAGAUCCCGGAGGCCCCGCCCCCCAUUCCCAAAGAGCCUAGUAACUAUGACUUUGUUUACGAUUGUAACUAGGCCCCGCCCCCUCCAAAUCACUUGUGCUGUUCUCACUGGACCCCCCCACCACCACCCCCCACACCCCCACAACUGGAGCGAAACUGUCCAAGAUGGUUUGAUGAACUGUGAUGCCACCAAACAAUACAAGAGCUGGUUACCAUGGCGACGACUAACCAGCACGCGAUUCCUUCUUCCUCGUUCGCUUUCUUAUGAUUUGUCCUCAGGGCUUUCAGUGGAGGGAGGGGAUGGGGGCGGCCAUCUUUGUUCGGUCCUCACUGCUAUUGCUAUUUCCUGUCACAUGACACACAAACACAGAUUUUCACAGUAUUUGUGGCAGCUAAAUGUUACCCGUCACACGGCUGAAGUACUUUUUUCAACGUAAACUCCCCGACACGUGCUUUUUUUCCUGUCCGCUGACGACUGUUACCACUUUUUUGUCGUCCCGCCUUCCUUCCUUCCCUCUUUUUAACUGCUGUACUCGACAUUCCUGAGCAAUAUUUCCUUUCUAUCAUGUGGCGAUUCCUUUCGGAUUGUGGAGCUGUUACAAUGACGUGUUCUUCUCACGCAAAGGGAAGCUUUCCAAUUUGAAAGUUGAUGUAUUUUAGUAAUUUAAAAACAGAUCACGGUUAUUUCUAGUAUCAUUUUUUUUAUAUAUCUAUAUACAGUAUUUACACGCUGCCCCCGUCCCCCCCUUUGCCUUCCUAUUUAAAACAUGUUUUGUCUUUUUUGUUCUCCAAAGCCCCACAAAAACUGCUGUUUACAUUAAAGGUUGAAAGACUAAA